UUGGUCCUUUUUGCAAAUUCAAAUGGCAAAAUGAACCUUUCUUGAAUGUUAGAAAUUUCCAAAUUUGCAGGUUGGAACAAAUUCGAAAAACCACUUCUCCAAGCAGUCCCACUUCCAAAUUGUAGCGGCAAAUCAAAGCUACUCAGUUUGACUGGACAUCAAUGGCAUCAAAGCUUCCAUUUCUACACACAGCCAACUUUCCGGUACCGAAGCCAAACAUUCAACGGCCACACAUUUGUUCCCGCCAAAACGUGCUUCCCGUCUCACUAACCACUGCCGCACCAACACCUGAUGAUUCCUCAUUGUCGUUUUCACUAUCUAAUAACAGAAAUAAUAAAACCCAAACUUUUUUAUCUCCUCAAUUACAUCCUGAAGAUCCCAGUCAUCGGCGAUCUUUAACCGUCAGAUCCAAUUUAAGUUUCCCUCUUAUUUCUCCGACCGAUCGAUGGGGCACGUGGACCGCUCUCUUCGUCACCGGCGCUUUCGGUAUCUGGUCUGAGAAGACCACGAUUGGAAGCGCGUUGAGCGGUGCGUUAGUGAGCACGUUGAUUGGACUCGCGGCUAGCAAUUUGGGGAUCAUUUCUUGUGAAUCUCCUGCAUACGCUGUCGUUUUGGAGUUUCUGCUCCCAUUGGCGGUCCCGCUGUUGCUGUUCAGAGCGGAUUUGCGUCGUGUGAUUAAGUCUACUGGGACACUUCUCUUGGCUUUCUUGCUAGGAUCAGUUGCAACAACGGUUGGGACAUUGGUGGCAUAUUGGAUAGUUCCAAUGCGAUCACUUGGUCAGGAUAGCUGGAAAAUAGCAGCUGCUCUCAUGGGCAGACAUAUUGGUGGAGCUGUCAAUUACGUCGCCAUUGCUGACGCUCUUGGUGUAUCUUCGUCAGUUUUAGCUUCUGGGCUAGCUGCUGAUAAUGUUAUUUGCGCGAUAUAUUUCACCACGUUGUUUGCAUUGGCUUCUAAAAUCCCUCCUGAGACUUCAACAUCAAUUAAUGAUGAUGGAACAGAGAGCACGUCUGGGUCUGGCAACAAACUUCCUGUUCUAGAUCUUGCUACUUCACUUGCUGUGUCCUUGGCUAUCUGCAAAGCUGGUUCUUUUGUAACAAAAUAUUUUGGGAUUCAAGGUGGCAUCCUGCCAGCUGUAACAGCCAUUGUUGUUAUUCUAGCAACUGCAUUCCCAACCCAGUUUAAUCGCCUUGCCCCUUCUGGCGAGGCCAUGGCUUUGAUUCUUAUGCAGGUAUUUUUCACUGUGGUGGGUGCAAGUGGAAACAUAUGGAGUGUGAUCAGUACAGCUCCCAGCAUUUUUAUGUUUGCUCUUAUUCAGAUUUCCGUUCAUCUUGCCGUUAUCCUGGGAUUAGGAAAGCUACUCCGGUUUGACCUCAAGCUGUUGCUCAUAGCAUCGAAUGCUAACGUUGGAGGCCCCACAACAGCGUGCGGAAUGGCGACGGCUAAAGGAUGGAAUUCUAUGGUUAUUCCCGGUAUUCUUGCUGGCAUUUUCGGAAUCGCCAUUGCCACUUUUAUUGGCAUAGCAUUUGGAGUCACCGUCUUGAAAUUCAUGUAAUCUAAUAUUCUAGGUUAGACAUCAACAUCAAAUAAAAGUUAAAUAGUCUCUGCUUUAUUUUA